UGCUGUUUUGGCCAAGUGAAAAGUGAACUUUUGUGAGAGAAAAGUAAACGAUAACAGUAUCACUUGUUUUCUUCUUGACGCUUGUAAACACUGUGGAGCCGGCGAGAGAUAUCGAGUGUGCUUCGUUCAGGCUCGUCACAGUCAAGUGUUUUCAGAAUGAGAAGUGAUGAGGCGCUGCAGAUGAGGAGCUGCGGAUUUUGAUUGUUUUUUCGUGCAAUUAUGGGAUUAGAAGUGUUGGCUUAUGUGCCGAAUAUUGUCGGGUACAUCAGAAUAGUUUUGGCGUCCUGUGCUUUUCUGCUGUUCCAGCAACCAGUGUGGUUCACCAUCUUGUACAGCAUCUCGAUCUCCCUUGAUGGCAUUGAUGGGUACUUGGCCCGUAAGCUGAACCAGACUUCAAAGUUUGGUGCUUGGUUUGAUGUCGUCAUUGACCUCUUCAGCCGAGGCUACUUAUGGUGUGCGCUGUUUCGAUCAGGCUACUUGGUUGUCAUGUUGGAGUGGCUGACAUUUGUGUGCACACAUUCCCGAGGGGAGAACUGGCGCAUUCCCGAGGAGAACUUUCCCAUGUUGGUCAAAAUGGUGAUGGCUAAUGGUUUCAAGGGGCCGUUAGGCAUCUUCGCCAUAGGAAGCCUGCACAUUUUACCAUUGUGGAUGUACGGCUAUGAGUCUCGGAUGCUUACAGACGUAUUGACCGUACCUAUGUGGGUACAGCUGACAUUGAUAGCUCUGCUCUCAGUUGGCCGGACAAUUUGUGCUGCGGUGGAGCUUUUUUAUGUCAAGGAAUACGUGAGUCACCUUCUUCAUGUCAACGAAAAGUAGAGGCUUUUGCAAAGCUUGUGUUAAGAGUGAAGGACUAAUGAGAGGCAUCGUGGUGAAAUCAGGCGCUCAUUAAAAAAAAAUCAAAUCGGAGAAACAGGCAUUUUUCUGCCAGUUUGGCACUUUUUUUUAUA